AUGUCUAUCUGUCUAUUUCAUUCUGUUCAUAUCUAUCUAUCUAUCUAUCUAUCUAUCUAUCUAUCUAUCUAUCAUAUUUGGGUAACACCCGAUUAUAUAUCAUACUGUUCUUUUUGUUUAUUACAAUCUAUCUAUCUAUCUAUCUAUCUAUCUAUCUAUCUAUCUAUCUAUCUAUCUAUAGUUUAUGCAAAACUAGUUUUUCAAUAUCUGUGGGCGUACGCUAUCUAUCUAUCUAUCUAUUUCAGUCUGGUCAUAUCUAUCUAUUUAUCUAUGUUCAUUAUCUAUCAGUUCUGUCUCAUGUCCGCCACAUGGACAUACACUCUAUAUCUAUCUAUCUAUCUAUCUAUCUAUCUAUCUAUCUAUCUAUCUAACCAUCAGAUAAUCUCUUGUAACUACGACAGCAUUUGGGUCCACACUGAUAAACAGUCGUUCCCCGUUCAGCCUGCUUUCCUGUUCCAUUCGAUUAUAAAAUGUAACAUUUGCUCGCUGUACUUAUUCGGGAUGCUGGUUCAAUUUCAGAGAACGGUAAGUACGAGUUAUUAUGUUUUACUCUCACAUAACUCAGCUCAGGCUAUCUAUCUAUCUAUCUAUCUAUCUUAUCUGUGUGUCUAUCUAUCUAUCUAG